AUGGUCUGGUCAUCCCUCUUUUGGGCCAAUCUAGGCCUUGGUCUCAAUAGCCAGCAAAAACUCACCCCAGAGCACAAAUUACAGGUCCCGGGCGGCACACUACAUACAUCUGGCCGACCAAACAUAGUCUUCAUCCUUACCGACGACCAGGAUCUACACUUGAAUUCGCUAGAUUACAUGCCCUUUGUUCAAAAGCACCUUAUUCAGCGAGGUACUCUCUACAAGCAACAUUAUGCAACGGUCGCCCUUUGCUGCCCCUCGAGGGUUUCGCUCUGGACGGGCAAGACGGCUCACAAUACCAAUGUGACGGAUGUGUUCCCACCAUACGGCGGUUAUCCGAAGUUUGUCAGCCAGGGAUUGAAUGACAACUUUCUACCUAUAUGGUUGCAGGAUGCCGGAUACAAUACAUACUACACCGGGAAGCUCUUCAACGCGCAUACUGUUGAUAACUACCACUCGCCUUUUGUAAAUGGCUUUACCGGAUCGGAUUUCUUGCUUGAUCCAUAUACGUAUCAGUACUUGAACUCAACUUAUCAGCGGAACAAGGAUGCUCCUGUUCGUCACGAAGGCGAGCACACGACUGAACUCCUCGCUCGGAAAACCUACGACUUCCUCAAUGAUGCCGUCAAAGAAGAGAGGCCGUUCUUCCUGACCGUUGCACCUGUCGCCCCUCACAGCAACGUAAAGUUCAGGUCUACAGAAGGUAUCAUUGAUGAUAACGUAGCCGAAUUCUCUCCACCAAUUCCCCUUGGGCGACAUGAACAUCUGUUCAACGAUGCCAAGGUUCCCCGAACGGAAAAUUUCAAUCCUAAAGAGCCAUCUGGUGUGAAUUGGGUUCGUGGUCUUGCUCGCCAGAGCAAGGAAAAUGUUGACUUCAAUGAUCACUUUUACCGCAACCGCCUUCGCGCCUUGCAGGGUAUUGAUGAGAUUGUUGAUGGCGUCGUUAGCCGCCUUCGCAAGCAUGGCAUUUUGGACAAUACAUACAUCGUGUAUUCGUCAGACAAUGGGUACCACAUUGGCCAGCAUCGCUUACAGCCGGGAAAAGAGUGUGGGUUCGAGGAAGACAUCAAUAUACCCCUCAUGAUCCGCGGUCCCAAUGUACCUGAGAAUGUCACUACGGACAUAGUGACAACACACACUGACCUCGCGCCGACAUUUCUUCAGCUCAUUGGAGCCCCUCUUAGGGCGGACUUUGAUGGCGAGGUCAUUCCAACCUCAGAAAGUGGCAUAGCAAAAGCCAGCGUUAAGCGUCACGAGCAUGUAAAUGUUGAGUAUUGGGGAUUUGCGGCAGGUGAAGGAAAGGAUUGGGAUGGAGUCCGGAUUCACCACAACAACACCUACAAGGCCUUACGCGUCAUCGGCGAUUCGUAUAACCUAUACUACUCCGUCUGGUGCAACAAGGAGCAUGAGCUCUACGAUCUCAACAAUGACCCGGGUCAACUACGCAAUCUUCUCAGCAAUAAGCGCAGUCCUAGCCAAACGCUGCUCGGGUUUCCACUCCACAAGGUUGCAGCUAGACUUGACGGGCUGUUGUUUGUGCUAAAGUCAUGCAAAGGACGCACAUGCAUCGAGCCGUGGCGUGCACUGCAUCCAGAUGGUAACGUGGAGAAGUUACGCGACGCUCUUUCGGCCCGUUUUGAUGAGUUUUAUGAGGUGCAGCAGAAGAAGAUUGAAUAUAGUCGCUGCGAAGAUGGCUACAUUAUUGAUGCCGAAGGGCCCCAGUUUGAGAACGAUGGGCUCGUUUAUCGCUACAACAGUCAUUGGUCUGACUGGGUCUGA